AUAUUAAGUUGAAGCCGACGACGGGACAGACGCUGGGACGCGCCGGGUGUCUCCCAGAUAAGUGACAGGAAGGGAGCGGGGCCCAGGCUGUUUACUCCAACUUUUCACCCUCAGGAACAUAAUUUUCUUGCCUCCCCAACAUGUCUGCUACACUACGUCCAUAUCUGAGUGCUGUGCGGCACACGCUUUCUGCGGCAAUGUGUCUUCAGAACUUCAAUUCACAAGUUGUGGAAAGACAUAAUAAGCCAGAAGUUGAAGUUAGAUCGAGUAAAGAGCUGCUGAUGACGGCUGUGGUGGUGAGCAGGAAUGAGAAGGAAAAAGUCCUCAUUGAGCCUUCUAUCAAUUCCAUCAGAAUCUCCAUCUCCAUCAAGCAGGCAGAUGAUAUUGAACGCAUCCUGUGCCACAAAUUCAUGAGAUUUAUGAUGAUGAGGGCUGAAAACUUCAUCAUUCUUCGAAGGAAACCUGUUGAGGGUUACGACAUUUCUUUCCUCAUUACUAACUUCCACACGGAGCAAAUGUUCAAGCACAAACUGGUGGACUUUGUGAUUCAUUUCAUGGAGGAGAUAGACAAGGAGAUCUCAGAGAUGAAGCUAGCUGUCAAUGCUCGGGCCAGAGAGUGUGCCAUGGAGUAUCUAAAAAGGUUUUGAGAAGAGGAGUGCUGGCAGACAUGGUUGGGCUACCUAGUGGCCAUCCAUCAAGACUGCUCACCAUGCCAACAGUUCUAGCAUCAGGUUUAGGAUUACAGUUUCAUUUUGAACGACAAACCUAAUGUUAACUUGUUAAAAGUGUAAAGACGGUUAAAUUAAGGCCAGAGGCCAGAUUUUGUACUAUUCCAUGUCAUGCUGGCAGGAAAGUGGAGAGAGGUGCCAAUCUUUUCUGUGACAACAGUUUUGGUGGAACUUAAGGUUUCACCUCUGUUCAGAAGAAUAUAGUACCUAGCAGGUCUUUAUGAUUUUUUUUUUAUUUUCUUUUUGAUUCCCAAGUCAUUCCAUCAUUGUGAAGUGAUUAGUAUUUAUUUCUAUUUAUUUUUGAUAAUUUAAUUCACAAUAGUUGUAUCUUGGUGCCAGCCCGAAUGUUGAGUAGAACGUUUUUGUCUGUUGGGUGAGAGGACCUGCUGGUGGGGCAGUAAUUGUAGCUUAUGGCACAGUAACCCUUCCUAUUGUUACAUACUUAAUUUGCUCACCACAGUUACUUGAGGCAUGGGAGCUGGUAGUAGAAACAUACCUGUACAUCCUAGGUUGAUUAAUGGCACAAAGGGAAGGUGUUCUUGUGCUUCCAGACCCCCUUUCCUCCCUCCCUGCGAGUGGUGGUGAUGGUCUGUGUGAGUGGAGGAGAGAUGAAUGACUCGCUCCGUAAGGAUGUGUGGUACUCCAGUGAUUUCCUUUAACACAUUAACUUUUGACUGAAACAGAGGUUGAGUGCCCAGUACAACACACACCCAGCCAGUAGCAGCAGCACCACUGUCACCAUUCGUGCAUUCGUUCUCAGUAGUUCUCUGUUUGCUGUUAUUAGACUGAGCAGUGCAGUGUGGUAACUGAGGUGGCAUGCAGAUGAGUCUAUUCUCUAGUAGUAUAGUUAAAAGGAUUAGAAGCUAUAAUAACUUGCUCAAACAUGACACUACUAGUAUAGUCACAGGAAGAAAUGGUGGUCUGCCAGGAGCUAGAGUGCUUAAGACUAAUGCUCAGACUUAUAAUGUGAGGAUGCUCUGGAAGGAUGCAUGGUGGUGGUCAAUACAAUGUUAUGAUUCUAUUAUGAUCAUUUGAAUAUUUCCCAAGUUUAUAAUUACCACAUUGCUGAAUAAUGUUUGUAUACAUGUUGGAUAGAAGUCAGUUAUGUAUUCAAUUUGUUGAUGUAACUUAGAAGUCUUUAUCUAGACCUUACUUUUUCUUGUAAACAUGAGUAGAUGCAGAAACAGAAUCUAGUAUCUUUCAUAAGGAAUGCAGAAAACAGGAUGGUCAGUAUUUGGUGAAGGAGCAGCUGCUCUGGAUGUUGGUCUUAGUGUGAAGUGUUGGGGCUCUCAAUCUUAAUCAGUGAUCCUGUUAAAUAAGUAAAAGUUUGUGGAAACUAUGAUAAGAAAUCCCCUUUUAUACUGAUUGUAAGAUGUUGAAAUGGCUUUAAAGAUAUAUUCAGCUUAUUUGGAUGUAUGUAUGUAUGUAUGUUGGAAGAAUAUACAAUUUAGAUUGUC